AUGACUGAGACUCUGACUAAAUCAUUCCUGCAGAUGAAACAUGAAGUUGAGGCAGAAGGCAACAUUUCUACAGUAAUGCAAUUUGUCCUGCUGGGAUUCUCUGCUCUUCCCAACCUCCAAGGAAUUCUGUCUGCACUGUUCUCCCUCAUUUACAUGAUUAUCCUCACUGGUAAUUGCCUCAUCAUAUUAAUAACUAAGCUUGACCAUACAUUGCAAAAACCGAUGUAUUUUUUCCUGGCAAAUUUUUCCUGUCUGGAAAUCUGUUAUGUAUCAGUUACUGUCCCAAGAAUUCUGUUCAACAUUUGGACACAGGAUAGAAACAUUUCAGUGCUGGCUUGUGCUGUGCAGAUGUGUUUCUUUCUUAUGUUGGGAACCGAUGAAUGCUUCCUCCUGGCUGUGAUGUCCUAUGAUCGCUAUGUGGCCAUUUGCAAUCCCUUGCACUAUCCUGUGGUCAUGAACUCAAAAAAGUGCACUCAGCUUGCAGCAGGCUCCUGGAUCAGUGGCAUUCCAAUUCAGAUUGGACAAACUUGUUGGAUAUUCUCUAUGCAUUUCUGCAAUUCUAAUGAAAUAGACCAUUUCUUCUGUGACAUACCACCAAUUCUGAACCUGGCAUGUGGGGACACUUCAGUGCAUGAACUGUCUGUCUAUGUGGUUGUUAUGGUAGUGGCUGCUUUCCCCUUUAUUCUAGUGCUUACAUCCUACAGCAAAAUCAUUGCCACCAUCCUGAGGUUGCCAACAGCCAAAGGGCGGGCCAAAGCCUUCUCCACAUGUUCUUCUCACCUGCUGGUGGUGGUUUUGUUUUAUGGAUCUGGUACCAUUACAUACUUGAGGCCAAAGUCUAUGCAUAAUCCUGGAACUGACAAACUGCUCUCAUUGUUCUAUACCAUUGUGACUCCCAUGUUCAAUCCUCUAAUAUACACUCUUAGGAACAAGGAGGUUAUUGUUGCCCUGAGAAAACUAAUAGUCUAA